CACCUGUACGUCGUAAAAUGACUUCCGAAUUCGUGUGCAGUGAGCAUAUGUGUAGUUGAUAGGGACUCGGAAAUUAAUGGAAUUAAAUCUUGAUUAAAUAAUUAUUUAUUCACGGAAAAAAGUAUGAAAAUCACACUAUUUUGGGAAUCAUAGAUUCCUGAAACUGCAGCUGGAGUAACUGGAACAUGUGUAAAAAUCCGUGGGUGUAAAGUGUCAACUUUCGACAAAUUGUUCGGUAUAAAUUUUUAGUGCACAUUUGACCGAUUGAGCGCAUCAACAUGGCGACGGCCGUCCUAUCAAAUCGACGUCCAGCAACCUCGGCAGGAAUACCGUCCAAUUUACCCGUUAUCGAGCAUCCCAGAUCUCGUCUUGGGGAUAAGAAUACCCUGAAUAUACGAGGUAGUAACCGAGGAGACCUCAUAACUCCGCUCGGUCGCUGUUCUCCGUUUGGAGACGAAACCAUAGCGGGUGCCGACAGCCCGGUCAACGGGCCGAACAGCAAUCUACCCCCAUUGAGGAAGGGCGAAGGAGUUCCGAUCUUUGGGAGGGAGAAAGAGAACAGACAGCUUGGAGAGUCUUUGGAUAGCGGGGUUGCUAGAGGGUCUGGUCGACGGAAACACACCAGAAUGUUGACCUGGCCACCAGUUCAUGAACAGCAACCUGGUGAGAAGCGAGCAUUGUCUGCUAGAGUUCAAGGAGUUGAUGGAACGCCAAGAAGGAAAUAUGUACCAGAAGACUUGUAUGAAAUUAUCCGAGAGAAGUUGACAACUGGUUACCAUGGUCUCCAUCAACUUUUUCGUGCCAAUGAUCCCCAAGGCAACAGUACCGUCUCCAAGGUUGCUCUGACUCGUAUCCUGUAUCAUCUAGUUGGUUAUCUGACAAGGGAAGAGGUUCAAAAGCUGCUUACCAGGUUGGGACUUGAUGGUAUGGAGACAGUCUCUUUUGAUAAUUUCAUUGCCUGCUUCCGUGAUAAUGAGACUGUAAAACGAGAAUGGUUAAGCCCAGUGGCAAGGAAGGAAUUUUCAGCUGAGCAGCGGAAGAACAACUUGGAGGACCACCUGUGUUUCAAGAGACCUGCACCUGAGAUGGUAACAGCUACGUAUGCUAACGCCCUCCUCAAGGAAAAGUGCAGACACAGUGAUUUUGAUCUCCGUCGUCAUCUGGCGCCCUCGUGCUUUGACCCCGGGGCAGUCAUCUUGCCGCCUCAAAUGGAGGAAUGUCUGGCGAGCAUUGGAGUCCGACUGGAUGACUAUGAGAUGCAGAAAUUAUGGGAAAGGUACGACUUGGAAAAUACUGGUGCAGUGAACAGUGCUUGGUUCUUCAUCCAAAUCGGUUUGGACAGUAGAGGACAUCAUUUGGUGCGGGCCAAGACAGCGCCCCCACGGGUCAGGAAUCAGCCAAGGACCCCAUGGGUGCCCCGGAUACCAGAGGAAACUCAGGAACUUAUAGAGGAACCGGAGAAUGUGGAACCACCGAUGGAACGUCCUCCUACUGAUGUUCCUAGACCACCUUCUGUUGACAUUAUUUCCUUUUUACUGAGAAGGAUGGAGCAGAAUUACCAUGGUUUCCUGAUGGGUUUUGAGCAUUUUGAUUAUAACAACGAUGGCACCGUGUCCAGAGCCCAUUUCCGUGAUAUGCUUCUGGAGUAUGAUCUUCCUAUGUUGCCCGUUGAGAUAGAGCACCUUCUAGAAAGAGUUGGUCUGCGUAGGAAAGACGGUCGUGUCAGCUACAGAGAUUUCCUGCAUAAGUUUAUGUCUCGGAUGGACAACGGUAUCGCCCAUCGUAUCAUCAUGGACGGUAAACACAGAUUCAACACCAGGGCACAAACUCCCCAUGGACCUCUUACAGCCCAAGAUGCUGAAGCCAAAUUAGUAGAGAUGUUCCAUAAAGACUUUCUCAGGCUACUGGCCACACUCAAGAGUCAAGACCAAUAUAGCCUGAAGUUGAUCACCCAGAAGCAGUUUAGAGACAGUGUGGAUCGAGUCUUUGGGAUUCGUAUGAGUGAUCUACAGCUUGAUCAACUACUCAUUGAGAUUGGGGUUAACUUGGAUGAUCUGGUGCCUUACCCAGAGUUUCUGGCCAUUUUUAACAGGAAGAGGCCAUCAGUUGCGUUGCGCUCCCAGACUCCACGACCCCAAUCUCAGCAGCAAGUGGAGAGAUCGGCCCCAGCACCUAGGAUAGCCACACCAGAGGAGUACAUUGUCCCACCAAACCUGGCUGGACCUGUGGAGUUUGGUGACAGUCAGCGACAGAGCCAAGGGGAGGCAGCAGGGGGAGGGGCUACAAAGAGGAAAGGGAUGGAGACUAGAUACAGACCGGUUAAGGAGAUGGAAGACACAAUUGAGGAGUUGCUAAGGAGACGAGGUUAUGAAGCUCAGGAAGCUUAUCACAAGAUAGACCGGAAGGCAACGGGGAGACUGUCUAAGACACAACUACAUCAAUGGCUACAGGAGCUUGGAUUCAGUCUUCAUCCAACUGAGCUACAGACUCUCUGGACUGCCUUGGAUAUCGCAAGAGAUGGUCUAGUCCACUAUGCAGAACUCUUUGACUAUUUCAUCAGUCGUUCAAGACGUCGAGUAGCAGUUGUCACUAAAACACACCAAGCAUCUUCUCAGAGGAAGGGCCCCAUCAUGAGGGAAUCACAGUCCCAACCUCAGGUCCGUAGGCGUCAGUCAAACGAGGCUGGUGCACCCAGCAGGGACCUCUUUGGGACCCCUGCUGAAGACAUUGUGGCGAGGAUCAGACCGCAAGUUCUCCAAAGUUGGGAUGAACUCAAAAUGUCUCUGCGGGAGAUGGAUCCCUAUGGCGUUGCCAUGGUUCCCAUCCCACAAUUCCACGCACUCCUUCAACAAGUCAACAUCAACUUGUCACCUAGUCAGUUGGAAAGACUCUGCUCCAGAUUUGAUUUCAGCCAAAAUGGACAGUUUCAUUAUCUGCAGUUUCUUCAGUUGUUUGUUGAGCCAAGCAGCAGGAAACCAAGCAAGACUGGUAUACGAGUCACUGAUCAGAAUGAAAAAGGAGGAGGGCAGAUGACAGUAUCUUCAGCUAUGAUAAAGAUCAGGAAACAGCUUCUUCAUGACUGGAAGAGUCUUCGGAGAGCUUUUAAGAAGGCCGACCUGAACCACGAUGGCAGUCUCAGUGUUCCUGAGUUCCGGCGCAUCUUGGGGGAGAGUAAGAUCAGAUUCAAUGAGGAGGAUUUCUAUCACAUCGUCUCCGAGUUGGACAAGAAUUUGGAUGGAAGGAUCUCAUAUGAUGAGUUCAUAUCUAGUAUGAUGUCAAUAUGAGGGAUAAAUUAUUUGUUGGAAGCAGGAUUGAAAGUCAGUGGCAGCGAGAGUUUUUGAAAGUUGAUGGGGGGGGGGGGGCAGUACAAAGUCCUAGUAGUGAGGGAUCCAAAAGUUGGCAAGGGGAAAAAUGUUCAAAAACUACGAGGCAAAUUCUCCUGACGGCCGUAACUUCCUAAUAGUGUUGCUUUGUAGCAAGGAAAGAUGAAAGUAUUAUCCUUCAUAUUUAGUUUGAAACUAAAGACCAAGGUAAUAAAAUAACAUGAUAAAUAUACAAUGUUGGGUUUUACCCUUCGCCAAUGCAUUUUUAUAAACACUCUAUACUCAGUGGUGUCCUAAAGUGAUUGUGAGGAAAAAAUUCACAAACAAUUCGGGUGGGACUUGAACCCAUGACCUCUUGCUUACUAGUGCGGACGUCUGACCACCAAGCUUGCCAGGAUCACUUGGCUGGUUGAAAUCUGACAUAGCAGCAGGUACGGCAACCAAACUAUUCAUCAGGUGAAAUUUAAGACUUUGGAUGUAUUGGUGAAAUAUUUUAUGCAUUAUGUUAAGCAUUUGUGGUCGUACUGAAAUGCAAAAGUUUCCAACUUCAAAUUAUGUAGAUAUACUUGUUUUACGUGUAAAUGUACAUAGAAAAUAGUAUUUUGUAGUAUUUUGUAUAUAUCUAGCUAUAUCCACUCAAUUUACUCCUAAAUCUAUGUGAUAUUUCAAGUGUUUUUAGACCUUGUAACUUACAGUAUUUGUGAAUAUGACUAGUCACAGGUAAUGUGUUUAACCGAAUAGAUAUUUCAAGUGUAAUGUACGUGUAUUAACAUUUAGUUCCUUAACUUCCAGAUUGAAAUGGAGAGAUUCCUUGAAGACUUGCAUAUGUAUGUCAUUCAUGUAUGCUGUAGCGUUAUGGUGCAUUUUAAUGCUGCUUCCACCUCAAAUUCCUGACAUUUUAAAGUAAAUAUUUCCCUUGUGUGGUUGCAAUUUUCCUGUCACUUUUUGCUGCCAGUUUAAACAAGAACACGGGAAUAAACUUCAGAAUAGCCACGUGUGAUAUAUGUACAAAAACCUGUUUAUUUUUUCCCAACGAUGUAUUUAUAACUGCCUAUAUGGUGCCUUUUAUGUUUGUACUUGUCAAACCAUGUUAGAUAUUAAACUAAAAACUAGUUACAGAAAUAAACCAAGGAUUGAAACUAA